UCGGCCACCAUGGUGGGCGACGGCUGAGCGGAGCCAGGCCUUGGGAAUUUUACUGUAUAUGAGCAGAAGGAGAUGGCGGAGAAGAGGGUGGAGCCACAGGACUUCCUGAAGAACUUCCGGGAGUACCUGAGCCAGCAGACUCGCCAGGUGAACGAGCUGGCCUGGGACCUGGCCGAGCAAGCCCGUGACCCCUGCCUCCCCAGCCUCCCCGGCGAUGGUGAUGCCCUGGAUGGGAGCCCCCCGGUGCUGAUGCUGGACGACUUGGGGAGGACCUUGGAUGGGAAGCUUCAGUGCCCGUACUGCAGCUAUGCCAGCGAGAGAGCUGAGCGGCUGUUGGAGCACACUAGAAUCCACACGGGCGAGAAACCGCACCGGUGUCACCUCUGCCCCUUCGCCUCGGCUUACAAGCGCUACCUCGAGGCCCACAUGCGGUCACACACCGGAGAGAAGCCGUACAAAUGCGAGCUGUGUGCGUACCGCUGCAAUUACAGAAGCAACCUGUCGCACCAUCAAAGGCGCAGGCAUAAUUUGUUAUCGCUUACAGGGCCCAGGGCCUCUUUAAGCAGUGUGAAAAUGUGGGGGGGCUUGCAGAAUAAAAGCAGUGUAGCGGGUGGCAAAGGAAGGAUGCUCAUCGCCCUAGGUCCACCUUCUGGGGUCGUUCAGAAACCAGACUACCUGAGCGAUUUUCCCCACAAGAUCCUAGAUGUUCAGAAUGAUCUCUUUGACAGUAUGGAUAAACCUUCACUUUAUGCACUGCCAAGGGACCCCGAGGAGCUCUUGCUACUGGACAAUCCCUUGAAUCAGAUGUCUGCUCUAGCAAGACACUUGUCUAGCUUGCCACCUGAAAACCAAAACCGCGUCUCAGCUGAUGUAGACUUCAGCCUCGAUGAAAAUCCUUUCAUGAUCCAACAGCCCUCUGCCCAAGGGAGUGUCCCUCAGAGCUCCCCCAUGGUCCUGGAGUCUCAUCCAUCAUCAUUUAGUCACAGAGACGGCAGUCCGUUUGCAGGGCCCAGCAUCCAGCCGAGUGGCCGCACCACCAGCACCUCCAUCCUUGGAAACAGCCAGCCAAGCACUCCGGCCCUAACCUUGCUGGCGGAGGACCCUCAGCUCCUUCACCACUGCCAGCACUGUGACACAUACUUUGCCGACAAUGUCCUUUACACUAUUCAUAUGGGAUGCCAUGGGUACGAUAGUCCUUUUCGUUGUAACGUAUGUGGAUACAAUUGUAAAAACAAGUACGAUUUUGCCUGUCAUUUUGCAAGAGGCCAGCAUAACUAGAGCUGAGAACAACCAACCUUAUCUUUACCCAGUUUAGCCUUUUUGGGUGGUUAGAGUUUGCUUUUGUUACUCCUGGUAGGGCAUUUUCUAAUUUAAAGUUUAUAUUGUAAGAUAUGAAUCUGAUGGAGGAAACUGCUGCC